CGCGGCGGCGGCGGCGGCGUCUUAUGACCGGCGGGUGACUUUUUUUUCCCCCUUCCCAACAUGGCGGACAGCCUGCCUUCGGAGUUUGACGUGGUGGUCAUAGGAACGGGUUUGCCUGAGUCUAUUAUUGCAGCUGCGUGCUCAAGAAGUGGUCAGCGGGUUCUGCAUGUGGAUUCGAGAAAUUAUUAUGGAGGAAACUGGGCAAGUUUUAGCUUCUCGGGAUUAUUAUCCUGGAUAAAGGAGAAUCAAGAAACGCCUGGCCCAUGUGAGGAAAGCCCAGUCUGGAAGGAGCUGAUCCUAGAAAAUGAAGAAAGCAUUCCUUUGAACAAGCAGGACCAAACCAUUCAUCAUGUGGAAGAUUUCUGUUAUGUUAGCCAGAAUUCCAGUGAAGAUGUGGAAGAAGCUGGUUCACUGGCCAAACUCUCUUCCUUAGAUCCCUCUGUCUCUGGUGACGUUGUAGCCGAGGAGGUCACCACUACCCCGGAGACUGAGGAGUGUCUUCCGUCAGAGGAUCUGUCCUCGGGGUCCAAAGAUGAGAAAAAGUGCCCUGAAAAUGUUGCUGGAAGUGGUCCAGAAGGUACAGCUGACCAGGAGGGUGACAGCGUGACCCCUGAGACGGAGGAACCGUCUGACUGCGUAGCAGCCGAGCAGUUAGGACUGGACGUUGAAAAUAACACAUUAGGAACAGAAGCUGCAGUGGAACCGAAGCAAAUUACUUAUUCCCAAAUUGUUAAAGAAGGGAGGAGGUUUAAUAUUGAUUUAAUUUCUAAGUUAUUAUACUCCCGAGGAUUGUUGAUUGACCUCCUGAUUAAGUCAAAUGUUAGUCGAUACGCUGAAUUCAAAAACGUCACUCGGAUCCUUGCAUUUCGGGAAGGAAGAGUGGAGCAGGUGCCCUGUUCCAGAGCUGAUGUCUUCAACAGCAAGCAGUUGACUAUGGUGGAGAAGAGAGUGCUGAUGAGAUUCCUGACUUUUUGCCUGGACUUCGAACAACACCCUGAUGAAUAUCAAGCUCAGAAGGAGAGUAAAUUUUCAGACUAUCUGAAAACCCAGAAGUUAACUCCCAACCUGCAACACUUCAUCUUGUAUUCCAUCGCGAUGGUCUCGGAGGCCGACUGCUGCACCUUAGAUGGGUUGAAGGCGACCCAGAAAUUCCUGCAGUGCCUUGGCCGCUAUGGCAACACUCCGUUCUUGUUUCCUUUGUACGGACAAGGAGAGAUCCCACAGUGCUUUUGCCG